AUGGGCGUCCGGCUCGGCGUCCGGACGUUGAACGUCACCAGCGGCACGGGCUCCAUGCUCAAGCUCACGAAGCUCGACAUCGUCAUGCCCCGUGGCCGACCCGCGCGGUCUGUGGCCGUGGCGACGACGACCGAGUGCGCUAGUCUCCGCAUCACGCCGCAGAGCUGUGCUGGGAGGUCGGCUGUGGGGUCGUGGGUUGUUGUUGGGGGUUGGGAGGGUUCUCUGCGCCAUGUUGUCGUUGGUGUCAUUGGUUUCGAGGAGAAAGAGGAAGAGGAGGAGGAGAGAUAUCGCGGUGUCGUGUGUAUUGUUCGGUGGUGCUCGGAGGCGGAGGUCGGCGGGUUUAGGCCGACGGGCCUUGGUAUGCAUGACGAACGUUCAUUCUGA